GGUGGCCACGCCCCCGCCGUCGGUCCCGCCGAGCUCUGAGGAGACGUGUUCCAUUCAGUCUCAGCGCUGGACGCCAGUUAAGACCUCCCUGCUCCCCGUCGCCGGUACCAUGCAGUCGGCGGUGGAGGCAGAAGUCGAAAAUGAGGACGGCGACAGCAGCUGCGGGGAUGUGUGCUUCAUGGACAAAGGCCUGCAGAGCAUAUCAGAGUUAUCUUUAGUAUCAACCCUUCAUGCCAUCAAUCUGCACUGCAAUAACAUCUCCAAAAUAACAGCCAUUGAUCAUAUCUGGAAUUUGAGACAUUUAGAUCUGUCAUCUAAUCAAAUAAGUCAAAUUGAAGGGCUAAACACACUGACAAAACUAUGUACUUUAAACUUGUCCUGCAAUUUGAUUACAAGAAUAGAAGGACUUGAAGCACUAAUUAAUCUCACUAGAUUGAAUUUGUCUUAUAACCGCAUAAAUGAUCUUAGUGGGUUGAUGCCCCUUCAUGGACUAAAGUAUAAACUUAGAUAUAUUGAUCUGCACAGUAAUUUUAUAGAUAGCAUUCAUCACUUACUUCAGUGUAUGGUAGGACUGCACUUCUUGACUAAUCUUAUUUUAGAGAAGGAUGGAGAAAGUAAUCCUGUCUGUCACACACCAGGGUACAGAGAAAUUAUUCUUCAAACUUUGCCACAGCUCAGAAUAUUAGAUUGCAAAAAUAUAUUCGGUGAACCAAUAAAUUUGUCAGAAAUGAAUACAUCACACCUGCAGUGCUUAGAAGGUCUUUUGGAUAACUUAGUUUCUUCUGAUUCUCCCCAAAAUAUAAGUGAAGAUGAGAUCAUUGAUAGCAUACCAGUUGUAUCAUCACCCCCUACUGUGUUACCUCCCUUGGAGCAGUUUGGAAGUACACCACCAGAUACAGUUGUGACAUCAUUUUUAUCUGUGUGUCCAUCUGAGCCAGAGAAAAUUAACCAGGAAAAUGAUUUUCAGAAUGAGAUGAAACUUCAGAAAUUAGAUGACCAAAUUUUACAGCUUCUCAAUGAGACCUCUAACUGUUUAAUAGAUGGUGUUCCUGAGAAAGAUCUAGAACCAAAAAGAGACAUAGAUAUAACUUCUGAAAGUGAUUAUGGACACAGAAAAGAAUGUAGUAAAAAAGUUGCUAGAAGACCAAAAAAUCCAUACUAUGGAAGAACUAUUCAAACUAUUAAGCAUCACAAUAAAAACAAUGGCACUUUUAUAAGGUACAGUGUAUCUUGGUCAGUGUUCCUCCUUCCAUCAUUCUCCCUAAGUGGUAAUCGUAAAAUGAAACAACCUUACCUUAAAGAUUUAUAUGUAAGAUCAUCUUUAGCAAAGUGUAAUGGAUUACAAGAAUUAGAAGAACAGAAGACUGACAUGACUAAAGCACAAAAGAAUUUCUCAGAAGACAACACUUACCGGUCCCUUAUUGAACAACUAGACGAAGAGAGAGAGAUGAGAUGGAAAGCUGAGAAAGCUGAAAAGCAGCUUAUGGAGUAUAUUGAUGAGCUACAUAAACAAGCAAAUGCAAAAACAGAUGUUCAUAGCCUGGCUCUACUUACCACAGAUAGACUAAAGGACAUUAUUUUGAGAGAGAGACAUUCCAAGUCACAACUUGAAAUUAUGGUACACAAACUUCAAAAUGAAAUUAAAAAACUAACUAUUGAAUUAAUGAAAGCAAGAGAUCAACAGGAGGAUCACCUUAGACACUUAAGAACUCUGGAAAGAGCAUUAGAAAAAAUGGAAAGGCAAAAAGGUCAGCAGCAGGCCGCACAGAUGAGACUUAUCAAAGAGGUAGAACUCAAAGCUUCAGCUGCUGAUAGAGAAAUAAACUUACUCCGAACUUCCCUUCACCAAGAAAAAGAACAAGUACAACAACUGCAUCAACUUCUGGCAUUAAAACAACAGGAACAUAUGAAGGAACUUGAAACAAGGGACUUUUUGAAUGAUACAGAAUUCCAGGAUGCCUUAGCUAACGAACUAUCCAAACAAGAAAGAAAGCAUGAGGAAGAAAUAAAAGACUACCAAGAAAAAAUUGAUAUAUUAAAUCAGCAAUACCUGGAUUUAGAAAAUGAAUUUCGUAUUGCUUUAACUGUUGAAGCCCGAAGAUUUAGAGACGUCAAAGAUGGUUUUCAGAAUGUGGCAACAGAGUUAGCCAAGAGUAAACAUGCCCUUAUUUGGGCUCAACGAAAAGAAAAUGAAUCCUCUUCUUUAAUAAAAGAUUUGACCUGCAUGGUGAAAGAACAAAAAUCAAAACUUGCAGAAGUUUCCAAAUUGAAGCAGGAAACAGCGGCAAAUUUACAGAAUCAAAUCAACACUCUUGGAAUUUUGAUUGAAGAUGACAAGCAGAAGAGUAUUCAAAUAGAACUCCUCAAGCAUGAGAAAGUCCAGCUUAUUUCUGAGCUAGCUGCAAAGGAAUCACUGAUUUAUGGUUUAAGAACAGAAAGAAAAGUAUGGGGGCAUGAACUGGCAAAACAGGGGUCAUCUUUAUCCCAAACUCGUGGACAAUUAGAGGCUCAAAUAGAAAGUCUGUGUAGAGAGAAUGAAUCUCUGAGAAAGACAAACGAAAAUGAUAGUGAUGCAUUAAAAAUAAAAAAUAAAAUCAUGGAAGACCAGACAGAGACAAUUAGAAAAUUAAAAGAUUGCUUACAAGAAAGAGAUGAACAAAUCAAACUAUUACAAGAAAAGAUGACUGAAGUAGAAAAAUGUACUCAAGAGCAACUUGACGAAAAAUGUACAGAACUGGAUACUGUAAUUGAGAAAUUAGAAAGACACAAUGAAAGAAAAGAAAAACUGAAACAGCAGUUGAAAGCAAAGGAAAUAGAACUUGAAGAAAUUAGAAAAGCUUACAGUUCACUUAAUCAGAAAUGGCAUGAUAAAGGAGAACUUCUAGCUCAUCUUGAAACACAAGUAAAAGAAGUGAAAGAAAAUUUUGAAAACAAGGAAAGACAACUUAAAGCAGAAAGAGACAAAAGUAUUGAACUACAAAAGAAUGCAGUAGAAAAGCUUCAUAGUAUGGAUGAUGCAUUUAAAAAGCAAGUUGAUGCAAUUGUUGAAGCUCAUCAAGCUGAAAUAUCACAACUAUCAUCUGAAAAGCAAAAAUGUAUUGAUUCUGCAAAUUUAAAGGUUUAUCGAGUUGAAGAAGAAAUGCGUGAACUUCUGGAAGAAACAUGCAAAAACAAAAAAGCAAUGGAGGAAAAAAUUAAGCAACUAGCUUCUGCUCUAAAAGAAAUUCAGCAAGAGAUGUGAUGGCUUUGAGAACAAAUAUAAUUGAAAUGGACCGGCAAGCCUAUUGUAAAAAUGAUUAAAUAUUGUAAAAGUAGUAACUGCUACGACUUUGAAAUGUCUCUUUCUACACAUUUCAUCAUGAUUAAUUUUAAGAGACUUUUGACCAAAUAUUUAUUGUAUAUGUAGGUUUUUAUAAUAAAUUUUGUACAAUUAUGUGUAUUAGAAAAAAAACCUAUCAUAAUAUCUAGACUUAAGCCACUUUUCUUGUUUCUGUGCUAUAUACUGUUUGGUAAUAACAUAGUUGCAAGCAGAUUCAUAAAUGAAGAUUAGAAUUUUGAGUACAUGAGGGAAAAUAGUUUAUUGUUUUUAGCCUUAUAGUGUUGAUAAAGAAGUAAUUCUAUUGUCUGUAGUUGAGAGAGCUCCUAUCUUUUUAAGAGUUUAUAAGAUGUAACCAAAAAGUUAACAAAGAUAAAACAUGUGACACUC